AGAUCUGCGCCACCACCGCUCCUCUCCCCCAGCUCCGGCGAUCGCCGGAGCCCAAUCGCGGCGGCCGCGCGAUGGACCUCCUCAUCGCGCAGAUCACCACCGAUCUCCGCUCCUCGGACGCUCUCCGCCAGUCGUCCGCGCUCCUGCAGGCCCUGCAGCAGUGCGCCGCCGGCCGCGACGUCUCCGCGCUCGCCCGCACCGCCGCCACCGAGAUCCUCUCGGCGCCCUCUUCCGCCGUCUGCAAGCGCCUCGCGCUCGACCUCCUCCGCGCGCUGCCCCUGCCCCCCGAUCUCCUCGACCCGCUCCUGCUCUCCUCCCUCCGCUCCGACCUCUCCUUCCCCGACCCGGACGUCGCCGCCUCCUCCAUCGCCUCCUUCCCCUCGCUCCCCUCGCACCUGCUCCCCACCCUCCUCUCCUCCGCGCACGCCGACAUCGCCGCCGCUCUCUCCUCGCCCGCCGAGUCGCUCCGCCUCGCCGCCGUCACUUCCCUCUCCUCCCUCCUCCCGCGAGAUGACCUCGCGCUCAUGUGCUCCACUAACCCCUCGCUCAUGGGGCACGCCACCACGUGGUGGGGCCGCCUCACCGAGCUCUCCUUGGACUCCGCAGAUGCCGUGGCAGCCUCAGCGUUUGAGGCAUUUGCUCGGCUGUUCCAGGAGCUCGACGCAAGGCGUAUGAGCCGGCUCGCUGGGGACAAGCUCGUAGAUGGGGAGGGCGCGCUCGCCGUGCGUGCCCAGUGGGCAGCCGACGCCAUCGACUUCAUCUGGUCCCGCCGAAACAUGCUCAUUGCCCGAUCCAUGGUCAUGCCCGUCGAGACCUUCCGGGUAACCGUGUACCCUCUUGUUCAUGCAGCGAAAAUGGUUGCAUCCGGCGCGGUCAACACGCUUCGGCAGAUUGCCAAACCAGGAGACACUACAGUAGCUGAUACCGUGGAGGCGAGUGCCGAGAAGCUGGUGGGGGUGUCAGACAUAGUCUCUCACUUGCUGCCUUUCCUUAGCUCGCUCUACCCACCGCUGGUGUUUGAGGUGGGGAUCAAUAUGCUGUCGCUCGCAGAUGCACCCGGAGGCAAGCCAGAGUGGGCUUCAGCUGCUAUUGUUGCAAUCCUAACACUCUGGGACCGACUAGAGUUCUCAUCCAUGAGGGAGACAAUUGUCAGGGCUGUUGUGGCCAAUCUCCAUUUGCUGGAUCUUGGAAUGCAGGUGUCUCUGUUUAAAAGGCUGCUUCAGAUGCUGAAAAAUUUGAGAGCAGAAUCAGAUCGCAUGCAUGCAUUGGCAUGCAUUUGUCGGACUGCUCUUUGUGUUGAUCUUUUCGCAAAGGAGAGCGUUCGAAGAGGUCAGAAGCCUGUUCCAGGUACAGAUGUGAUAUCUCUCUUUGAGGAUGCAAGAGUCAAGGAUGAUCUAAACAGCAUAACAAGCAAAAGCUUGUUCAGAGAAGAGCUAGUUGCCUCACUGGUCGAAAGUUGUUUCCAGCUAUCUCUUCCACUACCCGAGCAGAAGAAUUCUGGGACAGAGAGUAGGGUUAUAGGAGCAUUAGCCUAUGGAACUGGUUAUGGUGCAUUGAAUUGGACGGAACCUGCUUUGGAUGUGGUGGAAGUUUGUAGACCUUGUGUUCUCUGGGACUGUGAUGGGCGUACCUAUGCAAUUGAUUGCUAUCUGAAGUUGCUUGUACGGCUUUGUCAUAUAUAUGAUCUUAGAGGUGGUGUAAAGACAAUUAAGGCUGGUGCAUCUCAAGAUCAGAUUCUAAAUGAGACAAGACUUCGAAAUUUGCAGCUACAGCUUAUCAGGGAUCUUCGUGAGGUUCAUACAUCAAGAAUAUCAUCACGGUUGAUAUGGGCAAUUUCUGAACACUUUGAUCUUGAAGGUCUGGAUCCUCUUUUAGCUGAUGACCCAGAGGAUCCUCUGAAUAUUAUCAUAUCUAACAUGCAUAAGACUUUAUUCAACACCGAUUCCUCUGCCACGACAUCAAACAGGAUACAAGAUGUGCAGGCUGUCCUCAUAUGUGCUCAACGUUUGGGAGCCAGAAAUGCAAGAGCAGGCCAGCUCAUUAGUAAAGAAUUGGAAGAAUUUAGGGCAAGUACUUCAGCUGAUUCUGUCACCAAGCAUCAGUCACGUUAUGUCUUGCAGAUAAUAAAGUAUGUUACGAACCAUCCGGAUAACAGGUGGGUUGGUGUAGGUGAUGCUACUGGGGAUUACCCAUUUAGCCACCACAAGCUUACAGUUCAGUAUGCAGAGGCUGCUGCUGCACAAGAUAGAAAAUUGGAGGGAUUAGUUCAUAAGGCCAUUCAGGAGCUUUGGAGGCCCGAUCCUAGUCAGUUAACUCUCCUACAGACAAAGGGCAUCGGUGCUUUGCACAAAGAUCUUCCAAAAGCAUCUACUCUGACCGGCAGCAGUGAUCCAUGCUACAUCGAAGCAUAUCAUUUGGCGGAUCCAACUGAUGGCAGAAUCACCUUACAUCUAAAGAUUUUAAAUUUGACCGAGCUGGAACUCAACAGGGUGGAUAUCCGUGUCGGGCUCUCUGGAGCACUGUAUUAUAUGGAUGGAUUUUCUCGCACUGUUCGCCACCUGCGUAAUCUUGUUUCCCAGGAUCCAGUCCAAAGUAGUGUCACUGUUGGAGUUUCACAUUUUGAGAGGUGCUCUCUCUGGGUUCAAGUCCUGUAUUACCCAUUCUACGGAAGUGGAGGAUCUGCAGACUAUGAAGGAGAUUAUGCAGAAGAGGACUCACAAAUGACAAGGCAGAAGCGCUCACUCCGGCCAGAGCUUGGGGAACCAGUUGUUCUGCGGUGUCAGCCUUACAAGAUCCCCCUUGCUGAACUUCUCUUGCCAUAUGAAUGCUCCCCAGUUGAGUAUUUUCGUUUAUGGCCAAGCUUGCCAGCCAUGGUUGAGUGCACUGGCACGUAUACAUAUGAAGGUAGUGGUUUCAAGGCCACUGCUGCUCAGCAGUAUGACAGCUCUCCUUUCCUCAGUGGGUUGAAGUCAAUUUAUUCUAAGCCCUUCCAUCAAGUCUGUUCUCAUUUCAUCCGAACGGUUGCUGGUUUCCAGCUGUGUUAUGCCGCAAAGACUUGGUUUGGUGGGUUUGUGGGCAUGAUGAUCUUCGGCGCAAGUGAGGUCAGCCGAAACGUUGAUCUGGGUGAUGAGACAACCACUAUGAUAUGCAAGUUUGUGGUGCGCGCAUCUGAUGAAUCGAUCACAAGAGAGAUUGAAUCGGACCUCCAGGGCUGGCUGGACGACAUCACAGACGGUGCUGUUGAGUACAUGCCUGAAGACGAGGUGAAGAGCUCAGCCGCUGAGCGCCUGAAGAUAUCGAUGGAGAGGAUAGCCCUGCUCAAGGCGGCCAAACCUAAGGUGCCGCCCGCGAAAACCGAGCAAGAAGAGGAAGAGGAGAAGAAGGAGCGCGAGGAGUUGGACGGGUUUGGUAACCCGAAGGGCCCCUCGACGCUCUCCAAGGUCACGGCGGAGGAAGCCGAGCACCGCGCGCUCCAGGCGGCCGUGCUCCAGGAGUGGCACCAGCUCUGCAAGGAGAAAGCCCUGAAAGCGCAGUGAGGCCUGGAUUGCGCUCCGCCUGUAUAAUUUUGUAAUCUGUUUUCUCCCAACCACAUUUUGUUUUUUUGUUGGAACUGAUAUUUUGAUUUUUGUGUAGUGUGUGUGAUCCUGCUGAUUUCCCCAUUUGUUCAUUGUAUUCACAGAUGUUGUA